GGAGAUCUAACUUUGAUUCAUCUUUCAGAGUCUGUUGUUGAGCAAGGCUUUGAAAAUGCAGCAGGACGACGAAGAGAGGAAAAAUGAGUUUGUUAUCGAAGGCUUGGAAAAGAGGAUUAAUAAUCUUAAAACUUCAUUGAAGGAAAAAGACAGCAUGCUGCAUUCGCCCGAAGGUUCUCUCGCUGAAGCUCGAUCUCAAAAUGAAAAAUUGAGCAAAGAGCUGGAAGAAGCUCGAACACUUUUGGAAAGGAACUCAGAUCGCUUCAAUCGCGAGUCCGAAGCGCUAAACGUGACAAUCAAGGUCGAAGUUGAUAAGAAUCUUAAACAGAACGAAACGAUCAAGACUCUUCGGAAUAAAUGCUUCAGCUUUGCUACUCAAUGCAUCACUCGGCUGAAGGGUAUCUUCAAUUUUGUUGGAGCCGUAUCUGAAGAAGUUAAACUUUCUGCUGAUGAUAUUCCUGGGGCUCUUGGAUGUGUUGAGAAAGAGGUUGACGUCCUCGACAAAGUUAUAACCGGCCACGAUGAUUUCUGUGCGCUAGUGGCUUCUCGUGGCACGACUGCUGCUUUCAUCAAAGCUGGAUGUAAUCAUAUAAGAGUCGUUAAUAGGCCAAACUUCAGCCUUUCGUCGUCUGACCUAGUUGAUAUUCCAGCCGAAGCUCGAAGCAUAGGCAACAGAUUCAGCACUCAAAUCUGGGCGAAGGGCGACCGAGAGGUGGCUGAAGACGAAGCUCGAAACCUACUUAACAAAGGUGAUACUACCGGAAGCUAGUGAACCGAAGCAUGUUCUGGAGCGAUGAAGGAGACUUCAGAAUCUUCUCUUGUUAAUAUCUGUAGAAACACUUUUGGGGGGUUUUUUGUACAAGAAGGUGUAACAUUUGGCAAAGAAUUAUAAUUGAAUGUGAACAGAUUUUU